AUGGGAACUGAAAAUGCCUUGGUCGUGGACGCAAGAGUUACUGGUCGACCUAUGUCAUCCAUAAUACACAAGUUCCGCGAGAUCCUCUCUUCUUUUGACGUAAUCAGCUACAAAAGGGGCGCUGCAAUUAUCGCAAUGCUCCGUACAGUGAUAGGAGAGAAGAAUUUUAGAAAGGGACUAACGCAUUAUCUCAAAAAACAUUCCUUCAAAUGCACCAAAAGUGAAGACCUUUGGCAAGCGUUGUCUGAUGUAUGUGAAGGAGUCAAAGGACCAAGUGGAUCAUCCUUAGAUCUAAAGAAUUUUGGGACCCAAUGGACGAAAAUGAUGGGAUAUCCUUUGGUUACCGCAAGAUUUUCAAGCGACACGUUGGAGAUAACACAGCAGCGAUACACGCUCAAUACUUCCAUUCAAGAACAUGAAAAAUAUCGUUCUCCUCGUCAGAGUUACAAAUGGGAUGUACCCAUAUGGCUCAAAACUAAAAGAGGUGACACUAUAUUGGAAUGGUUGAAAGCAAAUGAACCGCUUCACAUAAAUUUGGGGUCUUUGCAAAUGCCGGUGGUAAUAAAUCCUCAUCGCAAUGGCUAUUAUAGACAGAAUUAUGACAGUGUUGGAUGGGAGCUUAUAGCAGCGCAGUUUACACAAAAUUCGGUGUUUGAUCGGUAUACGAGAUACGUGCUUCUGAGCGAUGCAUUUUCUGCAGCUGCUAUCGGUCAGCUGGAAUACGAACUUGUAUUUAAGCUCAUUCGGUACGCUUACUCAUCCAAAAAAGGUGAAAAGUCAUACCUAAACAGAGUGUUGCGACCGAUUGCUUAUGAAAUUCGUAAGAAAUUUCUUGCUGAAGAGACAGAAUUUGCUAAAUAUAUAAGAAAGCAGAACGAAUCUUCGAAGGAGCGCAUCACUGGAAGAUUGGAUUGGAAAUCAGUGAGAUGGGAAUCCAAUACUGCUUUAAACGUUGCGGUCUCUGUUCUCGAUCUGUACUGCAGACUUGGAUCAGCAUGCUCUUCGUUGUCCCGCUCACUUUUCGAGCGCGAGGUUCUUCAUCGUUGUGAUGCCACUGCAAAAGCAAGUGAAUGUGUUGGGAUUCACAGCAAUUUCAGAGGAGUUGCUUACUGUCACGGAAUUAAAGAACUGGGAAAUGUCGCUUUUCAGAAAGUGAGCAAUUUUCUAAUGAUUGAAGACGAUGCAGACGAAAGAAGACGCCUCUGCACAGGCCUUGGAUGUAUACAAAACUUACACCUUUUGAAAGGGAAACUUCUAGAAGUGCUAGACAAGAAAAAUGCAUACGAUGACAGGGAGAUAGCAGAUGUAUUUCGAAGUGUUGCAAAAAAUCAACUCUCAGAUAAAUUGUUGUUUCGGUUUUGCAUUUCAAAUUGGAAAGCAAUUCAUGAU